GCCCGUUGUUUUGGUGCGCCCCACCAAUCGGACACGGCGAUUGGAUUCUACGGGAGCCGGGAUGGGCCCGUCGUGGCGGCAGCAGGACGCUCCCCUGCCGACCGUCACGCAUUGCGCAGGGUGCACCACCGCCCGGUCCUCCUGCGGCUUUAACGGCCCCGGCAUGGACCCGCCGCGCCACUUCCCGGCGGGCUUCGGCCCCGAGCAGCAGCAGCAGCACCAGCAGCAGCAGCAGCAGCAGCGCCCGCCGGCGCCGCCGCACUGCCAGCAGCAGGGCCAGGACAAGCAGAGCCUCCUCCAGCAGCAGAAGCAGCAGCAGCAGCAGAGCCCGUGCCUCCAGUGCAACAACUGCGCCUACUACGGGGCUGCUGCGGCUGCCGCGGGGGAUAACCUGCCCCUGCUGCUCCGCGCCUCCUCGCCGCUUUCGGGCGCCUUUCGGACGCACUCCUCGCCGCUGUCUUCCGCCGCCUCCUCCCGGCACGGCAGCCAGCUGAACGUCAGCGAGUUCACCCCGUCCAGCCAUGCUGGCGCGUCCAGACAGCCUCACCAAUAUUCCCAGUACCACCAGUGCCAUAGCCUGCAGCAGCAGCAGGCAGCCAGCCCCAGCAGCAGUGUCAGCAGCAGCAGCACUCACCAUCAUCAUCACCAUCACCAUCACCACCACCAUCACCAGCAGCAGCAGCGCCGAGAGAGCAAUCCCUUCACCGAAAUAGCCAUGAGCAGCUGCAGGUACAACGGCGGCGUCAUGCGGCCGCUCAGCAACCUGAGCUCGUCCCGCAGGAACCUGCACGAUCUGGACUCCGAGUCGCAGCCGCUGCAGGCGCCGCUCGCCAGCCCCGCCGCCGCCGGCUCUGCCCCCGCCGCCGGCAGCCCCGCCGCCCCGGAGAUCGUGGUCUCCAAGCCCGAACACAACAACUCCAACAACCUGGCGCUGUACAGUUCCGCCGGCCCCGGCCCCGGCACGGGAAGCUCCAACAACGGCGGGGGCAAGUCCAGCAAGAAGAAGAACCAGAACAUCGGCUACAAGCUGGGACACCGACGGGCUCUCUUCGAGAAGCGCAAGCGCCUCAGCGACUACGCGCUCAUCUUCGGCAUGUUCGGCAUUGUCGUCAUGGUCAUCGAGACCGAACUCUCCUGGGGCGCCUACACCAAGGAGUCUCUGUAUUCCCUCGCUCUGAAAUGCCUUAUUAGCCUCUCCACGAUUAUCCUGCUCGGGCUCAUCAUCGUGUACCACGCAAGAGAAAUCCAGUUGUUCAUGGUGGACAAUGGAGCAGAUGACUGGAGAAUAGCCAUGACUUAUGAGCGUAUUUUCUUUAUCUGCUUGGAAAUACUGGUGUGUGCUAUACAUCCCAUACCUGGGAAUUACACAUUCACUUGGACAGCCCGGCUCGCCUUUUCUUAUGCUCCAUCCACAACAACAGCUGAUGUGGAUAUUAUUUUAUCUAUACCAAUGUUCUUAAGACUUUAUCUUAUUGCCAGAGUUAUGCUUUUGCAUAGCAAACUUUUCACUGAUGCCUCAUCUAGAAGCAUUGGAGCAUUAAAUAAGAUAAACUUCAAUACCCGUUUUGUUAUGAAGACUCUAAUGACAAUAUGUCCAGGAACUGUACUGUUGGUUUUUAGUAUCUCAUUAUGGAUAAUUGCUGCAUGGACUGUCCGAGCUUGUGAAAGAUACCAUGAUCAACAGGAUGUUACUAGCAAUUUCCUUGGAGCAAUGUGGUUGAUUUCAAUAACUUUUCUAUCCAUUGGAUAUGGGGAUAUGGUACCAAAUACAUACUGUGGAAAAGGGGUCUGUUUACUUACUGGAAUCAUGGGUGCUGGGUGCACUGCACUGGUGGUAGCUGUGGUGGCAAGGAAGUUAGAACUUACCAAAGCUGAGAAACAUGUGCAUAAUUUCAUGAUGGACACCCAGCUAACUAAAAGAGUGAAAAAUGCAGCGGCCAAUGUACUCAGGGAAACAUGGUUAAUUUAUAAAAACACAAAGCUGGUUAAAAAAAUAGACCAUGCAAAAGUAAGGAAACAUCAACGCAAAUUCUUGCAAGCUAUUCAUCAAGCUCGGAAAUUAAGAAGUGUAAAAAUGGAACAAAGGAAACUGAAUGAUCAAGCCAACACUUUGGUGGACCUGGCAAAGACUCAAAACAUCAUGUAUGACAUGAUUUCUGACUUAAAUGAAAGAAGUGAAGAUUUUGAGAAGAGAAUUGUUACUCUGGAAACUAAACUGGAAACUUUAAUUGGUAGCAUUCAAGCUCUUCCUGGACUGAUUAGCCAGACAAUCAGCCAGCAACAGAGGGAAUUCCUCGAGGCUCAGAUACAAAAUUACGAUAAGCGUGUUGCCUACAGUGCUGAACGAUCACGAUCUUUGUCAAGAAGAAGGAGAUCAUCCUCCACAGCACCACCAACUUCAUCAGAGAGUAGCUAGAAGAGAAUAAGUUAACCGCAAAAUAAAGACUUUUUGCCAUCAUAUGGUCAAUAUUUUAGCUUUUAUUGUAAAGCCCUAUGGUUCUAGCCAGAGUUAUCUGGGUUCUGAUGUCAGAAUCCUGGAAACCUGAACACAUUUUAGGCCAAAAUGAGUGAAAACUCUUCUUUUUUUCCCCCCUCCUCCUCUCAGAUGCACAGUGAAUGCACCUAGUAUUGCUAUAUUAGAUUGUUCUUCCUGUAAUUUCACUUUUUAUUCAUGCACUUCAAACAAGCUUUACUACUACGAUACAUAAUCUAAUAUAAUAAUGUUAAUUUCUGCACAUAAUUACUUGAUUACUUUGACCUAACAACCAAAAAAAAGAUCACAAUCAAAAGACCUAAUUAUGAACUUUUAAGAAACUAAAUUAAAGCUUAAUAAUUAUUUCUAAGAAUGAAAGCUAACUGUCUAAACUUUGCUUGCAGUGGAGGGGGAAAAAAACCAAUCUUAAUCUUAAACAGUGUGCUGUAAUAUGUAUAGUCAUUUUAAAAGGUCAUGAACAGCUUUGAUUUCUGAAGUGAUUAAUUAAAAAUAUAGUUUAUCCUAGAAAAUAAGUCUCAGAGUAAGCUAUGGGUUUUUUAAGUAUUGUUAGGGCUUUUAUUUAACAUGCAUUGGUACACAUACACACACACAAAGAUAAUAUAUAUAUACAUAUGUAUUUAUGUAUAUAAAAUUAUUUAUGCAACACCCAUAGCAAUGAUCUUUUAAACUGACUAUUCGUAAAGCUACUGGCAUGCAAAAAGCACAGGCAAAGUCCUGUUUACUUAUUUAGAGUCUCAUAAAAAUGCCAGGUGCGUUUGUCCAGAUCAAAAGCAUCACUUUCACCCACAAGUCUCCUAAUAAUGCUAUUUGGGUUUUGAAAGUGUUAGGUUGCUGCUUUCUCCACUCCUUUCUUUGUGUUUCUGGAGUGAAUGACUGACACACAGACUUACAGUACACAUGGUUGUGUGAUGGCAGCACAGUGUUCUGUAUACAUUAUGUUUGGGCAAUUCCUAUGGUUCCUGCUAUGCAGUCAAGCUUAGCAAAAUACUUCUAGCAAUAUUUCCAAAAUCUCCUGUAAAAAGCCAGCUGUAGACUGGAGUUACAACAGUAGGGUAUCUAUAGUACUUUAUUUUCAUGCAUAAAAAGAAGGUCUCUUACUUUUUUAAGGAAAAAAAAAAAACCACAAAUCACAAAGCGUAGUCACCAGUAGGCACUGGUGAAAAGGUUUUGACUGGCAUUUCUCCUGGUUUAUGUUCCAGAAUAGCAAAACUAGGUAAGUUUAAAUGCUUAGUACAUACGACUUGCAUUAACAAUUCCUAGUUACAAACAGGAAAUUAGUUGACUUUAUGAGAUAUUUUUUAGUACUUGCUAUUUAUGAAAUGUGCCAGUCCAGUCUGCUUCUCCCCCAGUUUACAGCCAAGGGUGACAUCUGUAGCUAAAAAAGUAGACAUGGCUGACUUUCUGUCUGCCUAGAGGUAACCAACUUGUUACCUCUUGUUGAAGGAAUUGAGGAAAUGUACAUUGCUCCAUGAAACACUGUGACUUCUGGUCAGCAAGGACAGGCAGGAAAGAGUAAUGCAGGAAGUCAGGGCAGAGCCCUUCUGGGAAAGACAGAAGCUUUCCAGCAACCAGAAUUCCCCUAACCAAAUACAUAAUCUGAAAUCAAACAGCAGACACUUUAGGCCUAUUCAAAUUAAAGGAUCUUCCUUUUCUGGUGUUACGAAUGUAUAAAUGAUAAAUGUAUAAGUGACAUCCAGAGGUAUUGCAUGCUUAUUAAAAGAUCAAGAAUUUCUCCAAUUUUUUAUGUCCUUGAGAAAGAUGAUGACUUCAGUAUUUUUCCCCCUAGAGCAAGACAGUUGCAUGCCUUUGGCGUGCCUUAUUUACAGACUGUGGUAUUAUGUGACUGGAAAUAACAAGCAGUAUGCAUAGUAUUUGCAGUUCUGCUUUUGUUUUUAUGGAGAUCAUUUUCAAAAGAAAAGGUGGAUAUUAUACAGUCCUAAUACUUUUCUAAUGCAGUCCUUAACUAGGUGAGAUUGUGAGUGGUCAUAAGGCCAAUAGUAAUUAAUAAUAUUGGAAUUUAAUAGUCAAGUUUUAGAAAUCUUUUUUCUCCUUUUUUGCAUUUAGUUUAGAGUACUUUUCUUGACAUUGAAUGUGAAAUACACUUUCUGUAGCUUGAAUGCAUUCCUUUUUCUCCUGUCAGCUUGAACUAGCUCUUUCAUUGUUUACAUCUUUUUAAUAUAACACCCAUUUUUUUGCACAACCGGGUUUUUAAAGAACUGUAGCUCCAUUUUGAAAAUUUUUGUCAAUCUGUCAAUUUUAAUUAAGAUCCAGCUGCAAGUAUUGAGCUGGCUAUUUCUGUUGUGAAAGAGCAGCUGUCAAUCUUUGACCUCUCCAUUUCUUUUACUCACUAGGACUCAGAAGUCUGAACCUAAUAUUAUUGCCACAGCUUUAUACAAUGGUGAGAUUCAUCAGAAUUAUUUCCAUCAGUAGCAUUCUGUAACAACCUGCCAAAUUAUUUUGGAUUCCUUUCUUUCUUUUUAAAGCAAAAAACAAAUUAUGUCACCAUGUUAUACUCCAGUUCUACAUCUUAAUUUACCUUCAAGAUCACUAUAGAUAUUUUAUCUGCAUUUUCAGCACAUAUGAUUUUUUCUUGUAAUAUCUGAUUUCAGCACUAAGGUGCUGCAUGGGGAUACAAUACAUGAAAGGACUGAUAUAAACUUUUAUUCAGGAGAGCACAAAGCACUCUUGGUUUGAUUUUCUUACUCUUGACACUAAACUCCUUUUAGUCUUCCCUUGUCUGACUUUUGUAGUACCACAAACUCCAUUACUGAAUUUUUAGUUCUAAAAGUUUAGCUCUAUCAUUGUCAACAUAUAUAAUCACCAAAAGGAAAACAUAUCAUUAAGACAAAUCGUGGAAACUGUAUAUUUAAAUGUAGACUUUUCUUGUAAAGAUUGUUUACAAAUGACGAGUCUUUCUCAAAGCAUAUGGCAUAUUUACCAUAUUGUAAAGCUUCAUGCACCUCUUGCCUUAGUUUCACCAUUAGGAAAAUUCUGCUUUCAGUUGCUAUUAAACUUACACUACAUUCCAGACACUGAUUUCAUUUAUAAGUUUCUUGGGAGUCUUGUUGCUAGUCUGCUUUUGUAAAGACACCGAGCAAAGAAAACUUGCUCGGGAGGACUGAAAUGUAACAUCACAAGUAGACCUGUUCACUAUGCUUAAAAUAAAAUGCAUUGAUUUAAAUAGUACUUUUUACUUACAUUUAUGUUUUUUCCAGAAUCAGAAUAAUACAUUAAUAUGUCUUAUGCUUGCAAGUACUCUGCAAUUUUUGAUUCUGUAAAUCAUUAUGUAUUUUAAGAUUUUCCAGAUAGACUUGUGCAACUCAGCUUUUCUUUACCUCCUGUUGCUCCAUAAGGAUGUAUCUAAUAUGGAAGGAGAUUUACUAUCUAGAAGUUUUGCAUCCAGCUUAGGAGCUCUAAAUGCCUUCUGGAGGUUCAUACCUUGUGAGCUAUUUCAAAACUAUAGCUACCCAGACUGAAUUGGAAUCACUGUCAUCAUUAGAGCAAACAUAAGUGAUAAGUAUACUGUUUUACAAAUUGUAAGACUCUUUCCAUGUCAGAUCAUAUGUAAACAUUCAAGCCAAUAUGCCACACAUUAAGAGCAUAUCUAAGCAUAAGAAAAUAAAAGGUGUGCAAUGUGUCUAAAAUUCAGAAUAAAAUCUGUAACCCUUAUCAAUACUAAAAAUUUAAAUUGUUUGUAAACUCUUUUCCCCUAACAGUUAUGAAAAAAUUCUUACUAAGCUUUAUCCACAGAAGGUUUUCUGAUUAAUGUGUGUUCUCCCCAUCUGUCAAACUGUUUGUUCAUAUCCAUUCUAAUUUUUACAUCAAAGUCCUUAAAGGCUUUUUGUCCUUUUAUUAAUAAUUAUUAAGGGGUGACAAAAUAAUUAUAAAGGGGUUACAACCAAUGAAAUAGAGGGGAACGUAGGAAGGAGCUAACACUUACGUAUGUCAUUUUCAGAAUUACACCACUGCAUCAGCAUAUCUAAAUGCUCAGGUAGAAAUGCACACAAAUUUUAGCCAGCUCUCCUGACUACCCAGGUCCAAGCCAGCCCUAGCCUGGGAAGAGCACUGCCAUAUCUGAAAAGUUCUGAGAUGGAGCUUACACGCACUCAAAGCAACUAUUUAUGUGUGUGGAAAUUAAUGUCCACAGAACCUUAUAUGUGCAUAAUAAAAUUAACCUACAGCUGUCAGUUAGGACUUACGAAUGUGAUCAUGUAUCUGUUGGCACAAAUUCAGUGAAAAUUAAGCUAUAAUGUAUAUUAGCCUUUUUAUUCUGAGCAUUUUAAGAGGUAUCUGUAAGAUCUUACCUCUCUCCAUGACUUAGAGAAUAAAGAAAAAGAGACACUUAGAUGAUGCUUUGCAGUCAGGAGUGAAUAGGGCUAACUCUGACUUGCCUGAGUGCCUCAUUGCACAUCAGUUUUGGCUCAAAAACCACAGGGUUUUAUUCGCUCCAGAAAGAGCAGAUUUCUCUCACUAUAGAGGGAGUUAUCACAGCACUGAGCAAAUAAGUCCCAUCUCUCAAGAGCAGCUCAGUGUGCAAUAUGAGCAUAAUGAAUAGGAAAGGAGAAUUGUGAUAAUUUAUGCAACUAUGCUCAAGACUUACAGCUUAGCACAGCAUCAAGCCCAAUGCAGACACUUGAUUCCCUGCCAAGAAUUGCAGCUGGACAGUACAGCACAUGGCUGGAGCAGGUGGCAGCAUGGUCCGGACUAGGGUAUGUAGACAUCCUAAAAUGGAGGCAGUUACCAGAAUUAGCAUCACCAUACUGCCAUGAAUUAGACUUUGUUACAGUGAUAUAGUUGAAGAUCUAUUAGAUAAAUAAAUUUCAGACCUUUAUGUGAAGAAGAUUCCCUUGCAGAGGAUUGCAAAACUUUUCUGCACAUUGAAGGAUAUGCAACGCAGUGUCAGUGAAAGGAAAAAACAUUAGCCACGGUCUUGAACCUGUUGUGAACUAGCAUGGCAAGUAACAAAAUUAGAUGGAGAACUGAAGCUUUGUGCUGACUUCCCUUUCAUUCAUAUUCACUUAAAUCCAUUAGUGUCUUCAAAUAUUUAGGAGAACCUAUACUGUUUUCAAUUAUACAUGAAGUGAGCUACAAGCUUUUAGUUAGAUUAAAAGGUUUUACUUUAAGAUUAUGCCUAUUCUGACCUACUGUUCCCUUUCUAACCUGAAUUUCAAAGUACCUGAGUCCAAAAAGGACAUGCAUAUUGUCCUAUGUGGAUUACAGCAAACUAGGUCUCUGAACAAAAAAGCAUUUUCAGUCCAGAUAAAUGACCAACCAUCAUAUAGCACUAGGAAUAAUAAUAGAAUUAAAAUGUUUGAUUCAGAGCUUAGAAAAAGUUUAAGUGAAGCCUCAUUCCAUAUAUGACUUUCAUGGGGAUCAAUGAAAUAUGAGAGACUGCGCAAUUAUAUUUCCUGACAAUGAAUUAUAGGGGUAUACUGUAUAUGUUCAAUACCAGCUUAUAGCCUUAUAUGGAGAGGUUCUCCAAAUGUGAGUAAUAUGAAGACUGAUUGAUACACAAAAAAUAAAGCAGGAUUUUUUUUUAACAAAGAACUCCAAAUUCUAAUAGAAAUGUGUAGGUCUGAAAGAGAUUGUGCUAGACUAUUCUCUUACAAGGCCCCUAGCUUCCAUCGGCUAAUAUAAAUUGCAAGACAUGAGGUUUCAAGUGGUUUCGAGCAAAAUUUUUAAAAAUAUAUAUAUAUCAGGAAUAGUUUGGAACUUACAAAACAUCACUGUGUUUGUGCUCAGUACCAAAAAUCUCCACAAAAUGAAAUGUGCCAGAUCAGUUUUCCUGAUGGAGGAGUUAGAAUGAUAAUCACAUGAGCAUACAUGCAUGUAGGAGAACAAGAAAUCUUUCUUGGAACCACUCCUUAAUUUAACCUUCAGUUUCAAGUAGUAUGGCACCCUAGGUAGAAUAAUAGUAACAAUUAGAGCUCCAGUUUGUUUGUUGUUUUUUUAUCCUAACACUUAGCACAAAUUAAUGCAUUUUGGGUAAGAGGCCUCUGAAGGGUGCGUGCUGUUGUUGCAGCACACUCUCAACCUUUUACUCUGUUUAUUCCUCCAGCAACCGCUGAGCACUGAGAAUUGUUGUUGCCUCUGUCAGUAUACCUGGUACAAAGUUGCCCAGACUGAUUUGAAAGGAGGUAGCCCUGGGGCACUUGAGAGGCCACUGGCCCAGUGCCUGUUACUGGAGAGAGCAGAUGGCAACGCCCAACCUGAAGCUGGCCAUGGCCCCUCAGUGGGGCAGCAGACUAUAACCUCUGUUCUUCCCCCCACACCACUGUAUCACUACAUUCCUCUGUUUCUUAAAUGCUCUAAUAGACUUAAAAUUGCUUUUCUUAUCACAUCUAAAAUGUGAUAAGCUGUCACUCAUUGGGACAGGCUCACAACUACUGAUGUGAAGAACAAACUACUACUGUGAAGAAACCACAGGGUCUGCUUCUCCACUGUGGGCAAGGACAGCGCUGUGCCACUCAGCAGGACUCUGUAUGACAAUGACCUGCUUUCUAGAUAGAAACCAACAACAUUCCACCAGCACCAGUUAUCAGUAUUCAAGGGGCAUAAACAUUAGAAAAGUGUUCUGGUUUGGCAAUGAGAUUUGGAAUCUUGGCUUCUCCAUAGUUAAAAUUAAAUCUACUUAAAAAAAAAAAAAAAUAGGAAAAAAUAGCAAAAGAAGAGAUGUCAAUUAGUCCAGUCUGUGUUGGCUGGAGUUCAGUCUCACUUGUGCUGCGUGGUUAUGAGACAAAAGUCUUGUAGAUUCACUCCUAACCAUGCAAGUUCAGAAAACAGUCCCAAGGCUGAAAUGUGCUAGCAAACCACUUAGUUUCACUGCCUUUCUUUGAAACAGAGCUUUCAGUCACUGUGGCUAAUAAUGGUGGAUCAAACACAUCACAAUUCCAGUGGUUUCAACAUACUUGAAAGCACUUCCUUCUGUAGAGCUCAGUACCCUUACAUUGACCUGAGGCUGCUCAGCUGGCGCUGCUGCCCAGCCAGUUCUGCAGACCUGACAGAAAACAUCUCUGCCUGUUGCCUGUUGCUCAGGACAUCACCCCCAGUCAGGUAUGCAUAGAAGCUCUUUGAUGAUUUCCCAAGCUACUUUGGAAAAUAAUGGAAGAACAGCUGGAAGAGUUUCUUUCCUUUCAGACUUUUUAGUUGCAAUCUACACACAGAGGAAGAUGUUCAGUUAUCAAAAGCGCAGUGGUAGGAAUUUGGGUCAUAUUUUUUUCAGUUUUCAGGUUCAUAAAAUGAAAAAAAAAAUUGAACAUAAGAAAUAGAUUGCUUUUCCAGAGCUUAUAUAUUCAGGGUUAUAUUUCCUGCCUUUCUACGCUGUUUUAUCUAGCCUUUAAAAUGCAUUUAUUAAUUCAGUUGUACUUACGUUCAGUUUGAAGCAAUUACUGUAAUAGAGCAGCAUGAAUAUACAUGCAUUUCCAGAAUUACAGAUACUCUUCAGUUGAAGGGAAACAGAAGAGAGAUGGGCAAAAAAGCAUGUAGGAUUUUCAAAACAUUUUUGCAAUGAAUUUCAGAGAGGCAAAAAUAGGACAGAGAGGGUGUGAUCCUCAGCCCCGCUAAUAGUGGUCUAUGGAUACAUCUGGGUUGUCCCUUGAAGAUUAUGCCCACAUCUGCCAUGGAAAGGAAAUAGGCCAUAUUUGCAGACAAUGCAAGAGUCUGGUGUCUGGUAGCAGCACAAGAGAAUCUCUUUGCUACCAACAUUUUGCUCGUGAACCUCUACUUCUCCAUCAGGUUUCUGCUCAGAGAUCUGCAGCUGUAGUAUACAUUAUUCAUAACAGACCAAAAAAAAAAUAUAUAUAAUUGGAGAAAAUAUUUCUUAUGUGUGUAUGAAAUGGCCAGAGACUCACUGGUGGUGUUUGAAUACACAAUUCAGGGUAUGAAAUUCUGCCCUCUGUGAUUCAUGUGAUUUGCUCUGCAAGGAGCCACAGAGUAGCACGCCUCACACUUCUCAAGUUUCACAGUUUUUUGAACAGUCCUGGCUCAGCUCAGCUGAGUGCAUGAGAAAUGCAAAAGGCUGAGCAGCACGACUGGGUACAAAGCAGCUGCACAAAUGAGCCCAGAAAAGAGUGUGGUGAUUUGAUUUUGUGAAUGAAGAAACAUUUUCCCACAACUCUGUUUAAUUCACUUAAAGAGAGCCAGAAGCUUCCCUGCAUGUGUGUUUUUCUUCCAAAUAACUUCCAAGAUGACUGUCAAAAAAUCAUGAUAGAAAUAAAUUUUUAUGUGGUAAGCCCUGGCAUUUCUGCUAGAUAAGUCUCAUAUGGAAUGGAAGUCUCUGAGAACAAUGAAGUUAUUUAUCCAAAGUAAUUUGUAGGGAAUACCACUGUUUUCACUGAGAUUUGAUUUCUAACCCAUCAGGCAUGGAUGUACAUCACCCACACCUGUAAAUAGACAUUUCCUUUUAUUUUCAGGCAGGUGAGGAGAGAGGAACAUUUGAAUUAAUGCCAAAGCAGGGUAGCAAUGACAUUUGUAGGAAAAAGAUACUUUUUAUUUCUGGAAGGUUUAGAUGCCUAAUUUUCUCUGUGUCCUCAGAGGACUGAAGUAUAAAGACACUUAGAGCAAGCACCAGUAAGCAGAUUUCUUCUCCUCCUUUCCAGGUACAUGCAAUAAUAGCUACCCAUUCAUCAACUUCAUUCUUUCAGUGACAGGAUACUCUCCUUGAGAAAGCAGGAAAACUGGGCUCAGAUCCUUGUUGGAAGUAGUAAGCACGUACUUUCCUACAGCCUCUUUCUUGUCUUAUUGUCUGGGAAGAACCCUGGGCAGCUUGGUGCUUAUCUUCUUCCUCUGUAAGUCAGAGACAGUCUGAACUUCUGCUAUCAGGCAACUGUGCAAGUGUAACAUAGCCAAGAAAACAUGAAGCUGUUUCUGGUGGGGUUUGAAAGUAAACCAGACAGAGACCAGGUCAAUGAUGCAAAUGCCAGACAGUGUUUGAGAAUUAAUGCUAUUUUUAAAUACCUCUUGUGAAGUUAGUCCUGGGCUCGUCCUGUCCCCAGUCUGGUAUGGUGGGAAAGAAAGACGUGUUUAAAAAAUAGCCUACAGCAUUUUUAAAAGAAGAAAGAAAAAGAUAAUUACUUUAAAAGUUCUUCUAUAACAGAAAGAAUGAACAAAAAAUUUUUUUCCAGAAAUAAUGGAAUAAUUUGGCACUUGGGAGACUAAUCCCAUAAGGAGCCAGAAUUAAAAAUCAGCAGUUUCACCAGCUGCCCUAUCAAGUUCUGUGCUUUUGCUUUCUGAUAUUUAAGUGCAACUUACUUUUUCCCCUUAAUAUAUUUUUUCUUCACUUAAUGUAAGGUGUUUAUACAUUACUAGGUCUUUUCCUUCACUUCAGUAACAGAAGAGUACUUCUCCAGAUUUUGUUUGAGGUAUACAAAAUCACAUUUGUUUACACAAAUAUGUUAAUCUUGCAGUUACCUUGGUCACUCUGCUCCAAACUAUGUGACAUCCAUCACAGAAUUAAAUAGAAAGCAGCAUAAUAAAGCAACAGGCUCUUGAAAUCAAUAGGUGCAGUACACUCUUCUCUAUUUACUUUAUUUCUUUAUUAGGAAUAUUGUAGAUCUGUAAUCACAAUAACGUAAGAUAAAUUUACUCUGGUUAGAAAAGAUUGGGGUUGUCUUGCAUUUAGGGUGUCACUGAACACAGUGAGACAAUUCCUACUCUCUCUCAAAUGCAUUUCAGUCUAUGCAAGUUUAAAAGCAUGGGGGAAACUCACCCAUGAGAAACUAUAAUGGAAUUUCAAGGUUUCAAUCUAGACUGGACCCCUAAGCUCACAGGCCACCUGCUGCCCUACCAGUACUUCUACCAGCAAUCUUUUGACAGCUCUCUGCUAAGCAUGCAGGAUCUGCAUAUCACAUUUCAAAAAGACAUCACCUUUCAGAUACAUUGCCUGCAAAUCCUUGACACAACCUUGGCAGUCAGGGUCACACAGGAUAAGCAAAGAAGUACACAAGUCUCAUAUAACCAAAGCUUUUGUCACAACAGUUCCUGCCUUUCUUUCUUGGUUUUUUUUCAUGGUUGAGUUUUUUUUUGUGGGGAGGAUGAGUUGAGUUGGGUGGGGUAUUUUAGUUAAAAAAGGUUGAUAUGUCAUAGUAUUAAUUUUAUUUGUACAAUUUUACUCUGUAUUGAGAUAGUGCCUUUGGCCCAUGAUAUCUUUUGUUCAAAGUAACCUCUGCAGCUCUAUCAAGUUAUUGUGCAAAAAAUCUGAAAACUUUUAUUAAGACUCUGGAUUUCUAUGCUCCUCAUUAUGUAGUUUUCCUUUCCUUAUUAUGUUGGUUUGAAGGUUUGAAGUAUCUCUGUACAUCCAAUAUGACUUCCUUGGUCACAGCAACUGACCUGGAUGGGUACCAAAGACCAUAAAAAUUUGAAGGCUGUACUCUAUCUAGCAUUAAGAAAGCAAAAGAAAAAACUAAUGAUGUAGACAACUUGUUUACAAGAUUUAAGAUGCAAAUAAUGCAUUUCUAAAAUUAAUUUAUUUGAAUAUUUAAUCUUUGGUAUUUUUCUUCUGUUCCUAAAUUCCUGAGAGUUUCUGCAAUUUCUGUAUUUGCUUUGGAACUCUCACUGAAGAACUUCUGUCCUUAGAGUCUUGCACAGUUAUUUCCCCCUGAGAGAAGGCAGCCAGAUUAUAAACAAGUGGCAAACUUCUGCGGAGAAGUCCACAGAGGCAAAUACAAAAAUGCUUGUAGCAACAGAUGAAGCUGGAAAAGGAAAGAGAGGAGUCCAUGUUGAUUAAAAGUAUGUUACUAUUUAGACAGAAUAAUAUUGGAAAAUCCUUUUGUGAUGUAUGGAUCUUCCUUACAAAUACUUGUAAGUUUUAGUAUAGCUGUGAUACAAAGAAAGAAGGGGACUUCUGGCCAUAGCUGGGUCUUGCAGAUGAAUAGAUGCAGAAUGUCACCUUAAUCAAAUGGGAGCUCUGACAGACACUUCUAAACCUCAGCACUCUUCCAGCUCAUGCCUCGCUGGAUCUGCAUGGCUGGUGACUUUACCAAGCUUCAGAGAGCUGUUUUUAGCUAGAUUGCUACAAAUAAGAAAAAAGUUGUUACUACUUUUUGUCUAAAAGACUAAAAUGUGUCUUUGCAAGAAAGUUGGUGCAAGAUUCCAAAACAGUCAGGAUGAUCCCACUGUCUUCUUAUAGAAAAAUAAAAAACAAGAGAGAGAGAGAGAGAGAGAGAGAGAGAGAGGGGGGGGGGGGGGGGGGGGGAGAGAGAGAGAGAGAGGAAAGAUCCUAAAUACUCUACAAAACUAAUUAAAAAACCAACAAAACCCCAAACUCCAACCUAUCCACCUUUCUCCAAACAUAUCACUCAACAUGCUCCACAUAAUUCACAAAUACUGACAAAUAAGCAUUUCCUUGAGUGGAGAAGCCAUAAAAUUUGUUGCCCAAUAGAAACUGUCUGCAGAUCCAGCUCUUGCAAGGGUGUUGCCACUGAAAUGGCUCUUCCACAAGCAGUGUAGUAAUAGAUCCUCUCUUUCUCCGGCUGCUAACAUCCUAGAAGUUUUAAAAAAAUAUUUAGUUUUAAUUUUCUAUUUCAAUAUUAGGAUUUUUUUUCUGAAAUUAGGUAACACUUUUAAGAAGAAAGAAGGGACUGAUUAAUUUUAUCACCCUGCAUGCCUCCCUGAUUUAAGAACACAGGUCAAAUAACUUUAUAUACUGUACACAGUGUGUGAGUGCUUUGGUGGAGAUUAGUAGCAAUCUCUACCAAAACUAGCUAGCUAGUUUGCUGUUGCAGCUAUUGGUAGAGUAACAAAAUCUGGUUCCCCUAUGACUGCAAAUAAUCCUAAAAUGGAUAUCUCCACAAGGUUCCUUCCAUACACAGGUAUUUGCUAAUUAAAUCUCCUGGCUGACCUGUGGCAAAGAUGUGCAUACUCACCUUUCAGAAGCAGUCGGUGGGUGCAGUUAUAGGAGUUAAAAAAAGAAAAUGUUUGCCUAUAUUUUCUAAUAUAUGCUUUGUGCAUUAACUGCAUGACUACUUAGAAAGUGCUGUCAGCUCCUUGGGAGCUGGAGUCUACAGUAUCUGGAAUACAUCAGACCCUGACUACCUGAAAAUACAGCUGUUCAGGCCAGAGCUACCUAGCCACAUAAAUACAGAAGUAAAUACAUUUAUUCAUGUACACAUAAAGAAGCAUACUUUUUCCUUUCAGCCCAGAUGAUUCUUUGAUUUCUUCACCAUAUAAUGUGAUAUUAGUUAUCCAUUCCAUUUUCAGUGUGUGUAUGGUGCCCAUCCUGCCUAGAGAUCACAGAAUCACAGAAGACAUGAAGGCUAGGUAAUGAAAGUGAUAUAAAUUUUGCAGUUGUCUUUAGCAUGACAACAACAAUGGCAAAGAUUUUAAUUUCUUCCUCCCUUAUCUCCAUUCUACCAGAUACCUCAAAAUUGUGUUUUCAUAGGAGAAGAAAGCCCACACCACAGUAGCUCGCUCCUAGACACUUAUAUUAAAUAAACAUGUAUUUAAUAACUAUUUAUUCAGAUAUUUUAUUGCACACAUAUAACUGAAAAAAAAUGUACAGGUGCUAUUACUAAUUCUCAAAACUUUUUGCACAUCUUGGCAGUCAUGCCCAUAAUUUACUAUUUUGUUAAGUAAGUCCACAGUUCUUAGUUACUAAUUAUGUGUUACUCCAAGCCACAGGAUGUACAUUACAUUCAUACAUGCAGGAACUAAAAUCAAAAUUAAUCUCCCAAAAACCAUUUAGCAUUCUUUCUUCACUGGAAAUAAAAGCCUUAUAAAUAUUACUUUGGUGCAUUAGUUAUCAAAUUUCCUCUUUAAGCCUUUCUUUCUGCAAAAGCUUUUACUAAAGAGCCCAGUGCAUUAAAUCUGAACACCUGUCCAGCUUUUAUUUGCAUGGAUUGAAAAAAAAAAUUUUUGAUUGGAUUGUGGUAUGUGAAAAAUAAUUUUAGAGAGAUGCCAAUAUAUAAACCAAAUUCUUGGUGAAUAUAGAGCACACCUUGAUUUUCCCAUACACAGCAAAUAAAUUUCAAAGUUUUAAUGCUGUUAGGAGGACUUAGUAUUAGUCUUUGUAUACAGUUAUGUCAUUACACAUUUCUUGGUGUAAGUUUGAGGAGAAAUAUUGACUUCUUUAUGCUGGCCUUAAAUGACUCCAGGUAUAGUUCCUAAAUCCAUAUGCCAGUACAGAAAUAACCAGCUAAGUUUUAGAGCUUUGAGAAUGCAUUAGCUUCAAUCAAAUUUCCAGAUACUUUACACAUCAUAAUAUUUCUAAAGUACUUUGCUUCCCUAAACAACAGCACACCCCCUUGAAUUCUGACCAUACUGUCCAUUUAAACUAAUUAUUAUAUUUGUUUUGGGAACAAAUGUAACUGUUGCCUAUUAUGUAAACAAAAAUACCAUUGUCCAGUUUUAUCAGCUUCAACAUAAUUGACUGCACCCUCCAAAAAAUUAAAUUUUAACUGUAAUUGUAUCAUCUGCUAUUGUGUUUGCAGAUACUGAGUCUCCAUUCUCUUAAAUAUGCUACAUUUUAUUUGAGGCACUGUAUGCAUCUCAUUUCACAGAGAUGUAGUAAAGAAAAUAGGAAAGGAUAAAGUGGAUGGUGGUUUGUUGGUUUCUUUUUCCUCUAAAACAUACCUAGAACAUCCUGCAUUGCAAGAGGCAGGGUUGCUUAGUAGUACAAUUCAUAAGGAAGACAGACAUUGUCUUGCACGAUCUCUUGAAAUGGAAGCUUUCUUCAGUCUGCUAUCAGGAUUAGUUGCAGGAAGAGGAAAGAUCAGCUAUCCUUCCAGUCGCGUCAAUGAAUCUUGGAGUUAAACAUCUGAGUGAAGAGUAACAGAAAACAAAAGGAAAAAGUCAGACCUUAGUGAUAAGGUGAAAUUAGACAUGAAAAUAAUUAGUUCUGCCAUAAUUAUUGUAUUCUCUGACAGUGAUAUAGAGUUUCUGUCAAAUGUGAUUUAAAGCUAGGAUGGGAUAAUCUAAUCCAUUUAGGUUGCUGAUUCAAUGUUUUUUCUUAAGUACUUUAAUGCUAAAAGGAAAAUAUGUAGUUAAUAUUAAACACAUGCUAAGUAAGAAUGUUAAGUAUCCUAUUGCAAAAAAAAUUCAAGUAUCAUACUGCAAAAUAAAUAUCGACUGCAGUCUCCUUUGUGGAGAGCAGCCCUCUACUUCUCAUAUGAAGCAUUACUUUGGCAAUUGGAGAGCAAGUUUCAAGGCUGACUACAACCAACAAUUAAUGUGAAGAUCCAGUGAUAGCAAACAAAACAUGGAACAAGUGUGCUUACUUCCCUUGUAGCCUCCUCUCCCCUGGUAUAUUGGUGUCACAGGCAGCUUCAGCCAGUAUCACAUAUCUUUAGAGUCACUCAGCUUCUGCUGACACCAUUAUAGAAUAUGGUAUCCCAGACUUAUUUCUUUCAAAAUUGUGUGAAUUCAACCAAAAACUUCUUUUAAACUUAAGUGAAUCCCAUUUAAAAUUAAAAGCAGUGUAUUUUUAGUUCCUAAACACUUUGCUUCAGAAGAGAUAUGGACCAAAAUCUUUAAGGAGGUCUUCCUUUUUCUCUGUGCUUCCUAUAUGAGAAAAUGAAGAAGAAAGUAACUGGGUGCUUUCAGAUAUGAGAAGGAGGAGGCAGGGAAAAGGAGGAGAGCAAAACCAAAGGAGAUUCAUCUUAGCACUACAAUUCUGAAAUUGCACCUCAAAAAGCAUGGGUCAGAAAUAUCAUAUUUCUUACACCAGUGCAAAGAUCAUGUCUUUUAAAAUAUAAACUUUUUAGUGAAUGCUAUUUUAUCUUCUUAAACAAAUAACUAACUUAGUCUAAACUUUUUUGGGCAAUGAUAUUUCUCACCAUGAUGACACUGGAAUAAAAAUUUGUUUCUGGCUGCACUGGCACGGAGUUCCUUUGGGAGCUGUCUUCUGGCAUUAACUAGAAUUUUAAAUUUUUUUUUCCCCUAAUACCACUAAAUAGUGGAGGAUCCUUGUGGAGCAUUAAGACUUCCACAGCUUCACAGCAGGCAGCUAGAGUAGGAGAUGCAUAUUGAGUCCAUUCUUUCUUAGCAGAAAGCAGAAAUACAGUCUUAGCCCUACGCAAUUCUAUCUUGCUGCUUUAGAGAUCUGAUCAGAGGCUGAUGUGAGUAAGGGCUUUGGUUUAGACUUAUUGCUGUCAGAAAGACAAUGUUCAGCAGUCUGCAAGAAUACUGUGUACACUUAUAGACAUGUGCCCAACAGCACCUGGGUGUGUGGGAGGGACAAAUGAAACAUGUAACUGGAUUUUGUUAUCUUGGAUGACAGCAGUGGUUUUGGAAUGAUCUGCAUCUUCACAGGAAGCUGCAGCGGUUCUCCACAGAUGUGGGAUUUCAGCAGAUACUCGUGUUGAGCAACACAGAUUCUGGUGCUUGGGUUAUCUAAUUAACAUAGCUCCCACAUGGGUGAACUGCCUUGUAGUGGUUUAAUCUGCAGCCUUCACAUCAACAACAAAGAAAUCUCCUAAAUAACAGACCUCAGGAGUGAAUAAUACAUCUUGAUCCUUCACCUUUGGUCAUGACAUGAAGCUUAGACAAAACCUUCAAGUUUUGUUUUGGCUUCAGCUCUCAGCAUCUUUUCCCUGAAAAGCCACAGAAGUAGAAUUAAGGACCAUUUGGCAGAACAGUUAGGUGACAUUUUCUGGAGUAUCAUGAUUUCUCUGGUUACUAUUAAACCAUUGAUAGCAGCCAUUUCGGUCUCCUUUUUGAAUGUGGACACACUCAAGAAAAUUGAAUAAAACAGCAUGACUACUUCUUUCAGUCAGAAAACUGAGGAGUUGUAAAGAUUUCAUUUUUUAAAUAAAAUUCUCUCUUUUUGCUCACAAAAUACUGAACAAUCUGGAAUUAUUUUGUUUUACUACUGUAUAAAAUGUAGUUCCUACUUUUAUAGGCUUGGGAAGAGUCCAUGAAAUCUCCUGUUUUAUGAUUGAGGUCAUUAAAUGUCAGUAUGACUUAUUUGUCUGAAACUCUGGUCACAGCUGGAAGGUAAAGAGUUGUUGAAAAGAUAAGGGAUAUAAAGAGGCUCAUUAAAAUAAUGCAGAUGAUGGUACUGUGAUCAUCUUCUGAACUGUCUUCAACCUAUGACAGGAAAUCCUGUUGACCAAGUAUUGUUUUAUCUUUUUUCUUACCUAUAGGCAGGUUUUUUGUUGUGUACAGUGAAAGAUGAGAAUACAAACAUGGAAUCUGAAAACACCUAUACCAAGGAAGCCUAACUCUUUUUUAACGAAGUUUUGGGAGGGCAGAGGUGGACAUGAAUUGUGAGGGGAUGUUCAUAAUCACAGGGUGCAAGAAUCUUCCCUGUUACUCAGAGCACAGCCAUGAGAAGCACCUAAAAAUAACUUUUAUUUUCACAAAUCCACAGUCCUACAGCAGACGUUAAUUUCUGCCAGUAGACUGAAAUUCCAUGAGCAGUUGAACAUAAGCAAACUUAUUAUUGAGAGCACAAGGCUGUCUUCCAGCAGCUUCCUGAAAACCACUUACAACAGUCUUCCAGACUAGAAAACUGAGCCUGGUGGAAGAUCCAAGUACUUCUUUAAACGUAGCAUUAACAGCAUAACCAUUUGGCGAAGGGAAAACUUAAAUUAGGUUGCUAUGAAUACUGUCAAUCCCAGUAUCAUAAGAGGAAGUUCAAUUAUCUUGGACUGGUCCCAAAUUCAUAUUCUGAAAAUGAAAUGAUGAAACAACAUGUUGUGGUAAUUUUUGGCUUUUGUUUUAUUUUUUUUAAUUAGCCAUUUUGUCAGUCACUCUGAGGGAAAGCUCAGCAGCAUAAGAAAGCAGGAGUCUUCUGUUAAAAUGCAGCAGCUGUUUGUAACGGCUUGUUGAAAUCACCAUGAAACUUGAACUGUAUUAGAGGCAAGACUGUGAAACAAAAUAGCCUGUAAUGAGCAGCUGUGCCUAAGGAGUUCAGCUUCAGUGUUUUUAAACUGCCAGCUCCUUGCAGAGAGCAUUUUCCAGGCUCAAGAACGGAUUCUCUUGAUACAAGGGUCAGUUAAAACUUUCUGGGUCAGAGAGCUCAUUUAUCUCUUGAUUUCUUGCUAACCUGCCAGACUUUAAAGCGCUGGUAGCAUCUGUCUCACUGGGAAGGGACUGAAGCAGCCAACCCAGUAACUAUUAGGGAGACAACACUUGAUCUAUUUUUAAAAAUCUAGGAUUGCUUACAAUGCAAGUUAAACCACUUUGUAUUCCAUUCCCUCUGCUACAGAGGACAGUCAAGAAAUUCCCCAAAUGUUGAUUUUCCCCAGUGAGUUGAAAACAGGCAUCUAUAAAUAUUGCAAAAUGAUUGCCAGAUUCUAAGCAUUUUUUUUUUCUGGUUGCUGCCACAAAAGAUUCACACAGAAUCACAAUCCACAUUACUUUUCAGAAGUUUUCAGAUAUGUGAUUAAUACAAAUAGGGAAUUUUUUACUCAUAAACCAUAAUAUUUGCUUUGUAGUACUGGUAAGUAAUUAACUUUUUAUAAAGAGUGUUCAUAAUCUAAACUAGAGGAAUGAGGAAAGGAGGUCAGAACUCCUUAAUAAGACAUCUGCAGAGACAAUGCACGCAGAUCUCAGGCAGACCCAGCAAAGAGCUGUUUCAUCUGAACAUUAGCUAGCUCAUCUGACAUGGCUUCUCUCUUCUGUAACUACUGGCACAUACAGAGCAAGUGGAGCUGCAUAACUUAUUUUCAAAAAAUACACAGAGAAUAUAAAGCCAUCUAUAGCCUAAACAACAAAUUUUUGCUCAGAAAAAAAAUAUCAUAUGAGCAUAAAAGGGCUGCACAAAUUUUGCCAUAUUUGUAAAAGUGGGUUUAGCUGUGUUCGGGUAGGGCAAAUUGGCAGUUUUGGGCCUAAUCACAAUUUGGUGUGUUCAAGAGGAUAGCACUUAAAAGGAAUAUGAACAAACUGCUGUAGGUCUGUACAGCCCCCAUAACUCUAGCAUUAAUCCUUCCUCUAUCCUUUUCUACCUUGUGACUCAAAACUGCAGCUCACUAUUGGAGUGAAUAGCACAGAAACACUUUGAGGAUGCUUAGCUCUCUCCCUGCAACUUUCAUAAGCUCCCCAGCCUUUUUGUUCCUCCACCUAGAAGGAGGGUACCCAACUAGAACUGGAGAACUCCUCUGGGAAGAGGUUGGCCAGCUCACUGUACCCAUGCUGGCAAGUGUCCCACCUGUCAUUUGUCACAAGACACGACAGGACAAGGGCUGGCUCACCAACAGGAGAGCUGCAUCUGCUCCUGGGUGGAUUUAUGGGAAGAUAUCACUCAGACAGUUCUAUAGGAAGCAGACUUGUUUCACCACAGAACCCAAAAAAUCACAACUGAAUAAUAAUAGGUAGUGCAUUUGUAAAGGAAAAGAGGGAUAUUUUUCUUGACCAGUUCAGGUCAAAUCUGAGCUCAUCCCUACAAACCUGAAGCACUCAGUGUAGUAUGCUUUGAAACCCUGACUUUUCUACUUUCUUGGUCAUUUUGGUACUACAUGAGGUCAAAAAGGGAGGCAAGGAGAGAGGAAACCAAAAGAUGUUCCCAAGUUCACCCUUGGGAACUGUCAAGUUCCUUUGAGUAUAACUUAAGAGGUCCAUUUACAAGCUGUUUCAUACGAACAAUUCACAGCAUUUAACACUCAGUUCUCACAAUAUUGCACUUUUCUGCCAAUGUGGGUGUCUCAAACUCACAUGGUACCAAACUGAGUUAAUAUGAUAGCACAGCACUGGGGCCAAGGGAAAGUGUUGCCUCUUUUACAUACCUCCAAAAAGCCUCCACCUCCAUCACCACAGAUGCUCUGUUGCAUCCCUUUCUGUUGUUUGGCUUGUUAGAAUAUGUAGUGCCAGAAUGAGGUAUGAAAGGGAAGGUUUUGGAGGAAGACUGUGUGGCUACCGCAUUAAUUUUUGGAACUGGAAAACAGACUCAACAGGAAUGGGGAGAGGGAAUCACAGAUCUCCACUGGUGGCGUGUUGUACUGGGAUGAAGGCAGUCAACCAAGACAAGGUUAAGAGUUUUACAUUUCUAAUACUUUCUGCAGUUACAGUUGUAAUGUUCUUUUGAGAAUGUAAUUUCAUAACAUGUGAUUGUUCUGCUUACUUCUAACUGAACAUUUGAAAGAAAUCAGCUUUAAUAGCCUGCUUGAUACAUUGCUAUUUGCAGUGUUUUCCUGGUCCAUACUCUAAAGUCCAGUUGGUUGAAAGAUGAUUAUAAAAGAGAAUCCAUGAAAUGUUAUAUUAAGAAUUCCAUGAGCCUGGAACUAUUUAAAUUUAAAAAUUAACUGAGAGAAAGUAUAUUUUUUUAAUGUUAUAGGAUGUGAGGGCCCUGUGAGGAGGGGACACUGGGUCUCAGGGUUUAGCUGCCUAUGUCCGUGGUUGGCUCUGCCACAGUGCAGUCUUGGGUGAAAUUCCUGUGUUGAUAAUUUUGUUGUAAGAAAGAGCUGUGUGAUGACUCUUGGAGCACCCCUCACCCCUUGGCUCAGGAGAUUCAUUAAAGCUCAGGGUGUUACUCCUUGGUCAUUUCUUGAGCCAUUAUGCAGAUACACAUUUGCCUCUCCCUUUGCCAGCAGCUGGUCCCUGACAAAGAUUGUCUUAAAAAUGAAACGACUUUUGAACCAGAGUAUUAGCAUCACAAACUUAUCUGGAGGAUGCACUACGCUACUCCUUCUGCAGUUGAUUUUCUGAUUUCUUUCAUGGAUGCCCAUCCCAGAACAUCCUGAGCAGCUGCUCUCCAGCCAGUUUUCUUUUGCAAGGCUAAGCCAGUGUGCCAGGGGCAGAAGGCAGGAAAGCCUGAUGAAUUCCUUCAGAAUUUGUUCAUGUUUGAGUGGGGGUGGCAGAUGGGGAAAUCCAUGAGGAGCAUAUAUAUCUUCUUACUCACCCUGUAAAACCGCAUGCCAAUCAUCCUGUGCAGUCUGUGUGGGAUCCCAGGGGUGUUAAAAAACAGAAAUCAGGACAUAUUGGAGGAUGUAUAAAUCACAAAUUAUAUCUGCUUCAGGGAAGGGGUACUCCUUCUUACAUAUUUGCUCAGCUCUGCUGCACUGCAGCCCCUAGGCAUCAAAUUAUUGUAAUUCCAGUUCUAUUUUCAGAACAUCAGAAAUCUCUGAAAACACUCACUGAGAAAUGCUUGCAAUCAUUCCAGUGAAUUAAGUGCUCAUUUGGAGACUUUCAUUUCUUCAGUUUCUGAGGUUUGUCUAGGAAGGAGGGUUAGGUUAAUCUGGAGCACUUUUCAAGUGCUGUUGAAUUGGAGCAGACAUUUGCUGCUUUGCUGUUCACUUUCACAUAGCACAAGAGAAAAAUCAAAUAUUAUCUGGGACAUGAGUUCUUUGCCCUUUGUUGUGAUAUGAAGAAAUAGUUUUUUUGCUGAAUAGCAGGAAUAAAAAACCAUCAUUCCUCUUCUUUCACCCAACAGCUCUAUUAAGAUAGUGGGAAUUAUUUAUUAAAAAAAAAUUCAAAAAAUUAUUUAGAAAUACAUAAUAUUACAUUAACAAUUGGUGGAAGUUUCUUAAGCAAGUUGUCAUGUAUCAUUUCAGCAUGUCAACUAUGUAGCAAAAUAUUUUUGCACAACAAACAUUGAGUUUUUUGCUUAUUAAAAAGCACUGUAUUUUACAAAACACAAAUUUAAGCAAUUUACUGGCAUAUAAAUGCAGCUACUCUGAGCUAUCUCAUCUUUCAAAUUAAACCUUCUAUUUUACUCUAAUUUCCAUCAGGAAUAGAAACUUUUACCAUGCAAUGCUACAUUUUCAAACAACGCAGCUCUUUGUGUAUAAGCGGUGAUUUGUCCACACAUCACUCAUGCUUGCAUUCCAGAAGAAAACAGUUGUUAGGAUUGUAAUUGCUUAAUAGUAGACAUGCUAUAAUCAAGUUCCAUCAUAUAUUUCAAAUUUGUCACGUGUUUUGGGCAAGAUUCUUUUUCCAAAAUCUGAUAAUAUGUAUAUAUAUAUACAUCUUAUCCAAUGUUAUUAAAUCUGUCCUUAGUUUGAUCGUUUCUGUAUUGUUUCCCACCAUCAUAUCCAUUUUCCUUUAACAAAAUCAUCUCAUCUGCACUUAUACCAUACUCUGACCUGCCUUCUCAGUGGAUUGCUCUAAAAGGUACCCACCACACUGCUACAAAAAUGAACCAAAACUGCCUUUCCUCACCACUGCCAUCAACUCUUCCACAUGCUAUAUUAACCAUGACUGGAUACUAGUUAUUAGUUUUUCUUUCAUAAGCAAGAGUUACUCUGCAGGUGUUUUUAAAGCAUCAUAGUGAUUACAGAGCAAGAGACUUAGGCAUUGCCCAAACCUUUGUAGAUAAAAAAUUAGCUUCUUGAAUGUGUUUCCAAGUAGUCAUGAGGAUUUUUCAUGACUGCACAUUUCAACCUCAUAGAAAUUCAGAAAUACGAGGUCAUAUCCAUCAAAAAAAUCCCCCAAAAGGCCAAGACAACAACCAUAAAUUUAACAUGAUUUUUUUAUAUUGCUGAGCACAUUUGUUACAUAGUCUUCUCAAACUCAUUCUGAGAAUCUUUGUUGCAAUCUGAGGUUAAUUGAGUGGCUGCAGAACUAAAUCAAGUACUAUCCAUCUACUACAUUAAAGCAUUGCCUUUCCUCACUUUAGUUAGUCCCAAAACUUUCAUAAAAAGGCAAGAUAAGUAAAAUCUAGAAUUAAAACUACUGAGAAAGUAUAUUGACCAUGCAAAUAAAGUGAAGUUGAAUAUAACAUUAAAAAACUGAGGGAAACAAGCAUUUAAGAGCAACUUUUCCCUCCCUCAGCUUAUGCUUUUUUAAAAAAAAGAGACAAAUAUAAGCCAGGGAUUUUUUUAAAUUGUAGAUUUGAUGUUGCUAUUUUUUUGUGUAUUUUUUUUUGGUCUUGGUUUUGUUUUUUCCUUCAACUGCCACAUCUAGAAUGUGGCUGCAGAGAGAAAACUGCUGGGGCAAUACUGGGGCAUUAUUCCAUAACUUGCUACAGAUUUCAUGGAGUAUGCAUAAAAUAACUGUCAGAACCACUGAGAGUCUAUAUUUCUGAUCAGACAUAGAACACAUGUGGAAAUACAUGCCAAAAGAAGUCAAAUACCUGUAAGCUUGUAGGGAAAGAAUUUCUACAUGCAAAUAAGGUAGACAUAUAUCUUUUUCCUUGAAGACAUACCCUUUAACUUUAAAAUCUGCCACAAUCAAUCUUCUUCCCCAGCAGAAAAAAUAAAUGUUUAAAAAAAGGCCAAAAACAAAUCAGAAAAAACAACAAAGGAAAAAGAAAAACAAAACCAAAAAACAAUUUAGAUGCACUUUCUUCCAUCCCUAUAUAUAUAUAUGUAGUUGCUGCUCGCUUUUUGGCAUAUUCACUAUUCUGCUCCUUUGUAAUUCUAAUUUACUAUUGUUAUUUCUAUCAGAAACUACUAUUGCCUUUUCAGAACAAAAUCCCCUGGGAGAUAGAUAAAAGCAAGCUCCAUGCUAAAUUUCAUCAAUUUAAAAGGAAACAGCCCAAGGCUUAGGUCCUUAUCAUACACCUCUAUAUAAACAUUAUAUUCCUGGUCUGCACUGUCCAGUACAGAUUCACCCUUUCCAGAGAUUAGUGCUGAUCUUUUCCCAGUUCAGCUUCUAGUCUGUGCUGAAAAAUUGUUUAGAAAUGCUUAUAGACCUCCUAGAUGUUAAGAUGUUAAAACAGAUGUGACUUGAUAUUUGUCUUUUCCCAUACCAGACUGCAUAGAUCCAGUUAGGCUUAGAAGUUGUUAUAAAUUAGAGUGUUUGAGAUCACUUAAAAAUCAUUGGCACAGGCAUGAGCAAAAAUCAGAUUUUACAUUUAAGUGACUAAGCACGCAAAGUUCGUUGGCAAGAUUCACUCUACUACUUACAGGACAGCUAAGGCACAAGGGAAAGUGAGUAACAAAAAACCCAUAUAUCCAGGCAAUCAAACAGAAAUGAACUGAGAACAAUCUAGGGGGGCAUGUGUGUGUUUUUAGAAGUGUGGGUUUGGGUGUAUGAGUCAAAAGACAGUGCAGGCAAGGAUAAAAAGGAACACAGCCCAAAAGCUUAACACUGAAACUUAGCAGUAGUUUAACUUACUUUAUACCUUAAACCUAGCAAUUUAACAUAGAAAACCACUUAACAGAUAACCAACUUAGCUUUUCCCUUAAUUUAUAUUUUAACAAUCUAACAGAGCAAUUACACUUAAUAGCAUUUAACUUAAGUUAUAACCCUUACUUCAACGUCAAACUUCGCAACUACACAGAAGGACACCCAGCAACACCUAGCUUGGCUUAUGUUUAACAAUUCAGAAAAAGAACAACACUUAGCAGCAUUUAAGUAAGUUUAUAACUAUAACUAACAUUACUUAUUUUGAUAUCCAAGGUACUUAAGCAUCUAAGAAAGCAGUAUUUCUCUCAGAUUUGCUGUAAUAUAUGCGCAGGGGCAUAUGUGCAGACAGAAAUAGUGCAGGCAAGGUAACCUGUGAAAAAUACCCCUCAGAGGUGAGUGAAAUUCUCACUUUGGAUGCUUUUGCAUCUCCCAACAAGAGAAGGAUCAGGCCUCAAGGACUGAGGUGUCAACCUAGAACAUGUCAUGUUUCGGUGAUUCUUCAGGUACAGAAAAGCUGAGGGUGUGCCGGCUCUGAGUCCCACUCUGAGGGACACUGUUGGUCACAGGCCCACUGCGAUCCAGCAGAACCUCAAAGGAUUCCACCUUGGACUGCUGUUCAUAGGGUCACAAGAGAGUGUGGGUUUCAGUCAGAACAAUGUUUCAUCGCAGCCACAGUUUGGGUUGGCACCUUCUUUGAAAGUGUGAGAACAGGAAGGUUAUGCCAUUCAGGCCAGAGGAAUAUUUUCUAAGGCUUGGCAUAAGGAAAACAGGAUUUUGUUAGCAAUUCCUGGGAACAGGAAUUAUUCCUGAUAAGCUUAUUCUAGAUAAGCUUGGAAAGAGAUGAGCCCAGGUGCUGUUUUCAGGGCCUAACAAGAAGUUCUCAGAUCACACUGCAGCCUGGAAAGGGGUGGGAGGCAAGAACCACCACAGGGGUAUAAAUGCCAGCAUAGAUUAAUUUAGCAGGACAUUUCCUGCUCACUGCUUUCAGGCAUAUGAAAAUUAACAAGUCUUUUCUGGGCUGGGGCUUCUGCUGUGCUUGAAGACUGCUUAGAUUAUGAGCUCAGAUUUCCAUUCCACUCUGAAGGGUGGUCUUUAGUCCUGCACACUACAUUGCUUGCAGCUUAUGUAAAAUGUGUAAGAGUAGCUCAAAUGCAAGGUAUUUUUCACACUGAGAUUCAGUCAUCAUUGUAAAGACCAAACAUGUUAUGUUAGGUUCAUGGAUCACAGCAGGAAAUCAUCCUGCAUCAUCUUUUUAGAUUAAGGGUUCCAAAGAGUUUUGCAGUUUUACAUAAUUCAGAGAGCAUUUUAAAACAAAACAAAACAAAACAAAACAACAAACAAAAGAAUGAAAACAAUGCACUCUUUAAAAAAAAUUCACACCCAUGAACUAGUAGCAGUUAAUUUUAUAACUCCAUGAAAAUAAAAUUCCACCUGUUUUCUAAAUGCAUUUCCCAUUUGCACAAGAGUCAAUACAUCUUCUGUUUCAACGUGGGAUAGAAUUAAUGUGUGAACAAUUAGGUUUGAGUGAGACGACCUAAAUGAGAUCCUGGUGGCAUUAAAUCCAUGGAUAACAAAAGGAUUUACACUGCAAUGCUAGGAGCACAGUGCCUUUAGCUCUUGAAUUCCCAUUUCUGGACCAUAAAAAGCUGCAGCCAUGAAGUGCACAGUCCUGCUGUGGUAUAAACCAUUGUGGGUAGAUCAUACUCUCGUAAAAUGUCAAUUUUGAAUAAGCAGGCUUUGGGCUACUUUUAUCCUGGCUAAUAAAUGAAAGACAAGGUUUUGCCUGUUCUGUUUUCUUUACCACAUCAUUUGAGUAGUUCUACAGAAAUGUGGUGCCAUGCCAUGGCCAGUUCAGAUUUUCAUCCAUGAAAACUUGAGUUUGUACUGUGCCCAUCCUGUUCUAUGAUUGUGGAAACAGCAGUCAAAAAUGGGAGAGAUGUUUAUAAGGUAAUGAACCUUGCACUCACGAGUAAAUUCUCUUCCAUGUGUAGCACAUGCAAAGUUAUUAGGAGAUAAACAACUCUAACAUUUUAAAUAAAUAUCUCUCCACUGGAUUUUGGUUUUGUAACUGUAUCUGUUUCGUUUUGGUUUUUUCUUUUUUUUUCUUGAGCCUUCUGCUUUAACAUCAGUUAACACAAGAUUGUUAUUUAUACUGAGGAGAAAUUAACCACAACUUCAUGACCUGCCACUGCUAAAGUUACAAACACUGUUCCCCUUUGCCACAAGUGUUUAGAUGCCUGCCUUCAAGGUCAUCUCUGCCAUGGUGCAACCUUGAAUGGAACUGCUGGGAAAAAAGUGUUUUCCCAGGGAGAAAGAAGAGUGAGCUGUGCAAUGACUUGCAGACCACCUCUACCUUCCUAGCUUGGAAGCUGCAUGACAGCUUAGGCAGACCCUGGCCAUCUUUGACUUGAUGACUUGGCUUCCUGUCUGUGCCUGGAGCAUCCUCCUACUUGGUGCAGCUGUGAUGGCCACAAAUCCCUUGGCCAUCCCUGUUCACUCUGCCCAGCCCUACGCCACUCUCUUUGCUGGGAUGUGAUGUGAUGGCUAAUGCAGGCAUAAUCCUGCCAACCUUCUUAACACCCUCAACACUUGCUCCUGGCUCUUACGAGUGUUAGCUCUCUGGUGAUAUCCUAAAUUUUCAAUCUCUUUUACCCCAGAGUUAAGCAGUGGUGCUCAUUUUAUUUCAGCUAUUUUAAGUUUUGAGAUUGUAUCCUUCUGUUGCUCUUUUUAAUCUAUGUUCCAAAAGUCUCAGGGGAGAUUAUCUUUCUUUAUUAGAAGUUCUCAGUAAGUUAGCAUUUCACACUACUUGAAACAGUAGUAGUAGAUGAUGUAAAGUUCAUUUUUUCUAGUUAGGGAGAUAAGAAAAUAUUUUUGCAUAAAAACAUUUUCCUCUCUAAUUGGAAACUGACAGUCACCUAGAGACAAGAAUAAUAACAUGGUUCCCAGUUAAUUUUUUUCAUAGACAACACUGAAUUUCUGGAUUUUUCCUACAGCAUACUGGUUAUUUAUGACAGUUUUUAACCUCUCUGAUGACAACUUGCCUUUAGAUGUUAUGACACUCAACAUACUGUAAAUUCAGGUAUCAUGAAGGCAAAUACUAGUUCAGGUACGUGAAAUGUCUGUUUUUCCAGUGCAGUAGCCUGAAAAUGAGCACCAUUCAAAUCCCACAGCAUAAUUCAGCUCUAAAUAGGUCUCUUCACUUGUAAGUGCCCAUUUAGUGCUUCUAGAAAUUUUCUCACAAUGCUUAAACAUUUUUUUGCUGUUUUCCAAUGUUUCAUUAUAAUCUCUUACAGGGUCACUCUUCUUACCAUGGCAACCAAGCCACCAGUAGCACUGAUCUUGUCUCAUAAAACAGUCAGUAGUCCCAGGACUGGUCAGUACUUGAAAACCAAACUAAGCACUGCAGAAAAUUAUACUAACCAGCUUUUCCAGAGUAUUCAGUACAGAAUUGAUUGCACCUCUAUGACUUCUGUUUUAUAUCACAGUAAACAACUCAGUUGUGGAACAGUUCUGUGAGCCAGCUUUUUUUGGUUUUGUUUAUUCAGUGAGUUAUUAAAAUUUUUGUGCAUUAUUUUGGGAGAAAUGGCUAUGAUACUGUUUCAUUUUGAUAUUAUAAUGAACAUGAAAUAAAAAAAAAAUAUUUUUUCUAUCUCUUUAUUCAGGAAGGCAGGAGGCUAGGUGGGUGGUGCAGGACUCUGCAGAACAAAAUACAUUUUUCCUUUUUCUUUUAUUUAUCUUGUACCACACUAUUAUUUAUAUCUACACAGUUGAAUUUUCUUUAAAGUGUACCAUAAGAUACAGGUUAGGAAACAGCAGCACUGAAAUUUGGGUCCCACCAUGUAAGUGCUGAAAUUGUAGUGUUCAUUCUCAUUACUAAACAGUCACACAGGGAUUGUAGGAAGAUCUGAGGAAUGUCAUCUUUACCUUUGUGCAUAACAAUAAAAUGAACAUAUCAAAAUCAGAAAUAUGCCAGCAUCCAAAAUGAAAAGAUAUUAUUUUUUCUAUUCACAUCUUCAAAGAUGUAAGGGAAGCACAGAAGGAGACAGAUGGUCCCACUGACCAUGAUGCUUAUUUAAAAGGUAUACUAAUGCUUCUCAACACCUACUCCUGUAAGCUUAGAUCUCCAGAUCUUCACUUGUGCAAGCUGGCUCUGCAGCCAUGAGUUAAGAUCUUGAAAACUGUUCCCAUGUGUUCCUGAAAGGCUUUGGCCAUCCCUUUGCACUGGACACUUGCCUGAGAGGACUUGUAUUAGCCAUAGGGUUCAGCCAACUGGAGAUUGUAGUUCUUCAAGCUACAACUGAUUCUCAGUCACUUUCAUCUUUGCUCAGCUUCCCUUCUGCCCCAUACACUUCCUAUCCCUGACGCCAUCUAGCUGAGUAACAGGCUAACUUAAAUUUUACUUCACUUUAAAUUUGCUGUUUCAUAGGGCAUAUGUGAUGAAAGAUGUUUUUCCAUGCCCUGGCCAUGUCAUCUGGUUUAACUGAUAACUUUAAGGCCAUACAUCUAUUCACAUUUUUCCACCCUAUCCAUGCCAUCACUUUUUGUCAUGGAUUUCACAAAUCUCAAAAAGAAGUUGUCUUGCUAUUUAAAGUGGUCAUAUAGAGCUUAACAGAGUUUUUCCACAUUUCUUAUAGCCCUUUUUUCCCAUGUGCACACUUAAACCCUUUCUUAGAGAGAUGCUUAGAAGCAUCAUCUUGAUGACCUAGUGAGUCAAUAUUUCCUUUUCUUAUGACACCAUCACAAGCUCCUAUUAUAAAACUGUGUAACUCUUACCUUGUCUACUAACACAGCAGCUCAUAUGCUGAUUCUAUACAAUAUCAUAUCUCAUAGCUUUGUUAUAAAAACUUUGUGUUGUUUCGUUCCUAUCAGGAACUCCAGAUCUGGAUUUAUAAAGACUCCACAUCUUAAGUGAUGUGUAGGAUAACACUGUAGAGAAACAGAUUCCUGAUGGGGAAAAAAAAACUAUUCAAAUUUUUGGUGUUACCAUAGAAUAAGAUUUCUUUAAGGUUUUGUUUAAACUUAUAAGCAAUAGAAAAUGCUCAUGAAAUAGCCAUUAAGAUGUUCAGGAUACUUACCCUUGGCUACUUAAAAAGAAGAUUAAAUUCUGAGAACAUAUAAACAUCUAAGGAAGGUUAAAUGAGCAAAAUUACUGAGCUAAGAAGUCUUCACCACAUAGAAACAAGGAGUACAAAAAGAGGAUGGGACAUAAAAGUAUUUUAUUUCAUUUUAAAAAACAAUAUAACUUUCAUUCUCACAUAAAGACUACUUGAAAUUCUAGAGACAGUUUAAUGAACAAAAUGUUCUGAUGUUUGUCUCAAAUUUUCGAUGUCUUUAGUCAAAUUCUAUAUCUGUAAAAACUGGGAAGGCAGAAAAUAUGCAUUUCAAAAUAGUAAUGCUAUUUCUGGAUAGUUCUGGAAGACUUAACAGGCUGGAGCCCAAGAAAUAGUGGAAGAAGAGUAAGAAAUUCCAUAAAUUAAAAAGACUACAACCAUGAAAUUGUUUUCUAUGCUACUCAUAAGAAUACUUUUCUUGAUAAGGUGUAGGGAAAAGAUGUUGAAAAGUCAGGAGAACCUGAGCAGUUAAUCAGCUAACAAUUUAUUGUGUCAGCAAUAGUAAACUGCAAGUGUGUGCAUGUGCAAGGCCAUGGGUUAUUACAAAAGAAGCAGCACAAUUUCUAUUUCUAUACAGAGGAAGAGGAAAUCACAAAUUCCAACUAAGCAGAUUUACUACAGCUAUAUGUAAAACAGAGCAUUUAUUUCUAGGUUAUUCCCUUAUAGAGAAAUAGAAGCAAACUGGAGCAAAUAAGAAAGAAAAGUAAAAGAGCAAGUUUAACAAGAACUGUGGAGAAAGUUGAUCUACCAGUAAAAUAAGAAAGAGCUGCUGAUCCUGAAAUAUCUGUCUGAUAAAGCAGAUAUUGAGACAGGGUGCAAGCUUCAGAACCAGCCACACUGCUAAAAAAAGCAUGCUUCUCUACCAUUUUACUUCCACUCUUUUAAAAAGAGUGUAACAAAACUCUGAAGCACCCAGGUUUCUGUUCUGCACUGUCAUUUCCUUGGCAGCUGCUACAGCGAAGAGUUUAGGACUCUACUCAGACAGGGAGGCAGAAAGGAGGAAACAUUAUCUAAACCCUCAUCUAUCUUGACCCACAGGUUAAGUCACACGCUUACACCUGAGUCACCUCUUACCCUGCUCCCUCCUCCUCCAUAUCCUCUCUUAUUCAUGCAGACUCCUCCUCCUUAUGAAUUUAGCUGCUGUCAGCGUCUUUGUCAGCAUUUCAGUUUUCAACCUACUUACUUCUCACCUUGCAGGCAGUCCUAUGUAUGAAACACUCAUACAUGGUUAACAUCUUGCACCUCCUUCCUCUGCUCCCCUUGUUUACUAGAAAUGCUCAAGCUGCCCACAGAAUAGUUUGCUUCGCUCUGUACCUUCAGGCCAGUUGUGAGCAAUGCGAGCACAGCCAACAACUGGGCUCCUCCAAUGGCUGCAGCCAGGCAGAGCUUGGGUCUGGAAUGAGGAGAAACAAAAGCAUCCAGCUGCUUGGAAUACAGAAUGUCUGGAAAGGCACAUAGCGAAAACUCAAGGAAGGUCUGAGACCUGCAGAGAUUGCAAGACAGAGAAGAGUCCUGUGCUACUCCAAGGCUCUAGCAUCCCUGAAAGGAUGGCUCACAUCAUUCAGUAUUGUGCCUCUUCCUCAGGAUAUUAGUAGUACUACUACUACUAAUUUUGAGAAACUGAGAAGACUGUAGCUGACUUCUACCACAAGGUGACCUAUAGAGAAAUUAGCAUACUUCUGCAUAUCAUUGAUAGGUAGAAGUUUCCCUUCAAAUAGGAUGAGAGUCCCAUAUUUAUUAUUUUUCUUUAUAUAAAUGAAACAUUAAUGCACCAUAUAAUGCACCAUAGGAGUGGCAACUGAUGGUGGGCAUAUCCCAAGUCAUAUAGCAGUAAAAGAGGAAUUUGUUAUCCUGUGCUUGGGAUUUAAAAUUACGUUGCAAAGAGCACUACUUAAGCACUACUACUGAAAAGAUUUGUACUACUAGGGUAAUAAAUUAAAUUACUACUAAAAUCCUUCUCCUAAAGUUACUACUAUCUUUUGAUCUGUUUUUUUUCAAGGACCUAGUCUUUGGUGUGCUUAACAGGCCAUACAAUAAAUUGGGGAAAAAUUGAAUAGGCUUAGAAAGCCUAUUGCUACAUAACCAGUGUUCUGUUGCUGGUUUGAUAUCACCAGGGAGUUCAAAGAAAUCCUUAAUGCAAGAGGAAGUCAUUACAGAAAAAGGCAACAGUCAUUAUAUUUUGCAUUCCAAUAACAUGACAAAAUAGCCAGAGGACCAAUUUUUUUUUUCUUUUUUCUUUUUUUUCUUUUUUUCCUUUUUUUUUCUUUUUUUUCUUUUUUUUUUAAUGUAACAUCCUGAAGGAAGGAAGGAAGUGAAUUUGGAGAUUUAGCUUUGUAUGCUGGAAAGAAAAUAAAUAGUGUAUGACUAAUUAAGCCCCAGGUAAAGCUGAGAGUAAUGCCUCCAGCAUUUUUAAAGGAAAGACUAAGAGAGAGAUUAUUAUCCUAGAAGUCAAUGCCACACUAGCCUCAGAAAGACUCUCCAGAAUACCCAAUAAGACUUGCCUUGCAAGACUGCCACUAAAAUAUUCUGAAUACAUUUCCCACAGCAGACUAAAUGCCAUAAGGAAUCUUUCAGCAUUCUUUUCCUGAGGUCAUUUCUACUGGGAAAAUAACAAUGCCACUUCCAUGCUGAAAACCUCUGUUAUAGGAGCCUUUUAGCAAUCUGCCAUUAAAGUUUAUCUUCAUGCUUAACAGAAGUUCAGAGCAUAGCUUCUUCGUUUUCUCUUCGAGACUAUGUCACAUCUACAACUAUUUUUGUAAAGAAGACCCCAAAAUCUUGUUUCUACUGUAUUUAAGGACGAUUUCUAGUACCCAGCCAUAGCUACUUGUUACUUGAGGGAAAAGUGUGAGCUCCACUGCCUGCCAGCUGAGCUGUAUGUCCUACAGUGACUUAACUCAUCAGACGGAGGGGCACAGGCUGGCCCUGUGCAGUAAUACAUGGCACUGGACUGCAGGCUCCAUGAAUACAACCACAAUCCCUCAAAAUAUUCAGAUGACUGUCUGCAGAGAUUGUUUACUCCUGAUCCACUAUUCCUUGCAUUCAAAAUUAGGUAUUUUUGUUCUUUUAAAUUUGAAAUAAUAGGGGAAUAAAAGGCAUCUUUUUCUAAACUACUUUGUUCUCAGAAGUGAUGACUAUAAAUCAAGUUUCCAUCGGUCAGAUUUUGCUGCUUAGGAUGCAAACAAUAAUUCAAUAUAUCAAGAGAGCAGUUUUAUAAAGAUUGUUACUGUAGAUUCUGAAUAAAGUUCAGAAUUAGUACUGAGACAAAAGAACAAAAAUUUCUAGACUGUUUGAGAGGUAUCUCAUUCAGACACUGAAAACCUGAGAGUUGUGGAGGUCAAUGAUAUUUAACUAUGUGCUUCUAGAAUUAAGCACAUUCAUUAACAGCAACUACUAGAAGUUAAGAAUUUAUUUUAAAUAGACAUAAGGUGGAUAAGGUUCAGAAUCUCAAAUUUCAUCAUUUCCAUAAGAAAGGAAAUUGUUUUUCCUCCACAGUAUAAUAGUAGAGGCCUAAAUGUGACAUAACAGAAGUGUAUGAGGUCAUUUCCUCAUCCAGAAAACAUUAGUGUGAUACAGCUGUACUGAACAACUCUGUAUCUCUAGAUGUAAAAGCAUGCUUUAUGCUUACAGUGGUAAAAUAAAGGGCACUAAUUAUAAUCUUUAUCCAUUCACUCAAACAGAAGUGUGUUUGUACUUUGAUAGGACUCUGGAUAUUCAUGCAUUGGUGAAAAUUGCUGUCACAGACUAAUUCUUGCAUUUGCCCCUGAUCUAUCCUCAUAGAUGUGGGAUAAGGAAUAAAGCAAAGUCUAGUCUCUGUGAUUAGUUAGAGCUUACUCAGCAUUGUUUUCACUCGUGAGCAGCUGUAUCCUGGCGCUUUCUGCCUCUUUCUGAUUGCAAGCAAUUACUUGAAUACUUAGGUGUUUGACUGUCAUCCCUUCUACCCAGAAAUAGACUUACUUUUAAGACCAAGGUGAGAGGGAGAUAUAUGUAUUUAUAUAUACAUAUAUAUAUACAUAUAUAUAUAUCAAUAUAUAGAUAUAUAUAUAGGGAUCGAUAUAUAAAUAAAUAGACAAGUUAAGCUAAAACAAGGUAAAUUGGAUUAAUUUCUUGGUACCCUAUUUAUCAGAGUAGAGCACAACAGGUAAUACAUUUCUAAUGAUAUUGCAAGUAUUCAAAGUGUAUAAGUGUUCAUGUAGAAGCUGAUGAGGACUGAUUCGAAUUAACUGAAAAACAAUCACUGGUCAUAUAUCACAAAUAAAUUCUAAGACUGUAUUGCAUAUGUAGAAAAUGAAAUCAGACUGCACAUUUUUUUACUCAGAAAUAAUUUUUAAGCUAAUUUUAGAACACUCUAACCAUUAAUUUAUUGUAAUUAAAAAUAGGUUUUGAGAUUGAUUGUAUUACUUUAUGCUCAGAAAAUUUAAAAAAACAAUAUUAUGGAUGAUAACAAAUUCAGUCCUAAAGAAAGAUAGUCUAAAAACCUUCAUAACAAAACUUUCUUUAAAAACCAGCUUUUUUAAAGGAGAUUAAAAUUAUUUAGUGCAGAAAAAGCCCUGCUGUCCUUCAUUUGUCAUUGAGAAGAGAGAAGAAACAAAGGAUGAUCCAGAUAUUAACAGUCUUUUUUUCGAAGACUUUUUCUUAUGUUAUUAAAAACUGCUAUUUCAACUGAGCUGUGCAUUUGAUGAGAGGAGGUGCUUUAAUGUAUGUCUGUAUCCUGCCAAGUCUUAGCUGGUAGCAGAGAGGUGCUCCACUCUGCCAUGCCACUGAAACGCUGCAGCGUGAGCAGGCUGCAUUCUCCUUGUCUGAAUGAGAAGUGAGGGAGAGCCUGCAGUCUGUGCUACACCAUCCUGGAUGGUGUUGCUGAGUGGCUUCUAUUGGACAGACAUGUUCUGCUGGAUAUUUUGCACAGCUUUUCUCUAAUUCCCAAAUGAGAACGGCUUCAAGGUAUUUAAUGAAUAAAUUCCAUUCAAAAGGUUUUAUUUGUGUCAUAGGGACAUAGCCUACUGUUCUUCAUAGAACUAGUCUUCAUUUUGCUGUAAAAAGCUCAGUUCAGGGAAGUUAAAGACAGAUAUUUUGUAUGUGGACAGUUUCUGAGAGAUAAAGUUCAUAAGCAUUUCACCUGUUCACUGAUGUUUCACUUGCAUUUUGGAUACUCUAAAUCUCACAUCACUAUUUUUCGCUUCAAGGAUAGUGAAUUUUUCUGCUUGUAGUAACUAUAAGACAUCUGCCUUUCAUCUUUUUCCAUUUCUUUCUCUCUUUCUCACCUGAGGGACCAUAAUAAAUCCUUUCUGUUACAAAACAAAUUCAUGUUUCUCUCCUUAGGCACUUCAGCUAAGCCUUCCUUUGUAGGGGAUACUAAAACCCACUGCUGGCAUCAGUGGGAUUCCCAGCCUCCUGAUGGAGGCUGUGCUGCCAAGGUAGGGCAGAACUGCAGCAGUUGUGGAAAGCCAGACCUUAUAGGAGAUGUCAUAUCUGUGCUUUGUAUUGAACAGGGUACCAAAACCACACUAAAAAAAAGGCCAAAUUUGGCAAAGAUACAUACCACUUAAUUUCUGUUAAAAGAAAGGAGUUAUCUUUGUGCUUAACAACUACAAACAUAGCAAACCAUGUUAUAUGUAUAUCUAAUAGUCCAGGUUGUCAGGGGGCACAAGUGAACAUUAGACACUUGUCAGAGUGUCAGAACUUGUCAGAAUAAUUUUGUUGGUCUAACAGGAUCUGAGCUUUGAUUCUAUGACCAGUCAGCCUCUCUCUUAGGUGAGUAUUGUGAAGGGGGAAUCUGGUUCCUUAUCCAGUUUGGCCUCAAGAACAUUAUGACUGGAAAGGAGAGAUUUGUUGGGGAAUGGAACCUCUUUAUAUGAAUAGGAAAUUGUGCUUGAAUUCACUUUGUGUCCUCUUGGUCCUGGAUGCCUCUGGUGCAUUACCACUAGAGUUUUUUAAUUUUUUGUAAGUGCUCAGGUAUCAUUUAAAUUGUUACUCUAUAACCUCCUAAGAAGAUACGUGGAGGGACAGAUUAUCCAUAUGUUUUAAUCUUAUAAUUCACCAUUUGAUUCUGUCCAACUGAUGCCAAACUGACUUCUGCCAUUUUGUUUUUAUAUAUAUUUUUAUAUAUAUUUCUAGCUCUGUAGCCUGUUAUUGUAUAACCACAUAGAUUCAUAGCUAGCUUUUCGCUGACUAUGUUACAUAGAAAUGCAAAACACAGUCCUAAAACCUCCAAUACUAAUCUUGCUUCCACUGGGAACCAAGGUUAAAACAGCUUCUCAAGACACUUUUUCAUAAACAAAGUUUAGUUAGUAUCUAAAGGGAGAGUUUUAGAGAAGAGUUGAACCAAAGGGGGAUAAUCUCAUCACCUGUGUCUCUUAUUGGGGAUUCUUGUCAGUUGUGCUAACUUGCUAAACAUAUAAAAUCGUGCCUGCUAUAUGUUACAGUGUGCAUUUUUGGUGUAUAUUUGGUGUGUAUUUCAGAGUGUUGUGUACCAUAAAGAACCUUUAUAAAGAUAACUGCAUUUUAUCACCUAA